AUGCCGCUCGCCGUCAUCAAUGGCAAUGGCCUCCCGCUGCCCGCCUCGAGGCGCCGCAGCCGCAGCAAGCCAGAUGUUGAUGUUCAUGUCGUCCAUGCCCCUGCCCCUCCUCCCCCAUCUUCCUCCGCCCCCUCAGCUCCCCCGAACGCCAACCCGCCAUCCUCCCACAACCUGAAGCGUCCCGCCCCAGCUGACACCACUCGCAAACACAGUGCCACAUUCACCGUAACAUCAGGCUCGGAGAGAGUGGUGCACGUCUACCCUGACCGAACCGACCGUACCUCCUCCGGCGGCAGCGCAUCCGUCCGCUCUCCACUCUCGAGCGGCGGCAGUCGCACUCCCUCCAGCGAGGAGAGCUGGAGCGAAGUCGAAUACGAGGACGAAGACGAGGAAGAGAUCGGUCCCUCGGACAGCGCAUCGCGUUCGCGACACCCCCCACCCAGUCGCAGGCAUACCGUGGAGGCGCCGGGAGCGCCCAGCAGGCGGCACUCCUCUCGCAGAGAGUCGGCCAGACCAGAGCGACAGGAGGCCCCGCCUCGCAGACACUCGUCGCGACGCCACCAUACGAGUCGGCACGACGACCGUCACGACCGUCACGACCGUCACGACAGUCAUUCGCGACACGCGCGGAGUUCUUCGAGACGCGUCGGCUCGGACGAAUCGUCGAGCACCGUGGCUUCUGCAGACGACUACCCGUAUGGACAUCCCACCAUGUCGCACUUACCCUAUCCACCCCGCAGAGGGUACAGCCAGGCACAGCCGCACAGCCAUGCUGGCUACCCACCAAGCAUGACCUCCGGUUCCCACUACCAUGACCCGUACGCGCCUCCUCACCAGGCAUUGGUGCGGAUGCCGCCCGAUCCAUUCGGCUACCCACGACAAUCCAACCCAUUCUCCGCGCAUCCGCAAGAGCAGAACCCCUUCUCGCCCGUGACCGAGGCCUCGAGCUACUUCGCGACAGACCCCAUGGGUCCUCCCGCCGCACCUCGUCACCAUCCACCCCGACCCGAAGGACCGCCUCGACCACAGAGUUUCGCGGCCCCGUCUGCGGGGUGGGGCAGUGAGGUGAUGGCGCCCUACCAUGGUGGUAUGCCCCCGUACGGCGGACACUAUGGCAUGCCAGGUUAUCCUCCGUACCCACCACCCAUGCACUGGCCGCCUUCAGCAGGCAGCUCGCCCCCGCCAAAGGAUGACAAGGUGGACCAUAUGGAGGCAAUCAAAGAGUUGAUCAAGAAGCGGGAUGCGGACGAUGAGAAAGGCGAGAAGGAGAAGCAAUCGGAGAUCAACAGCCUGAAGGAACUCAUCAAGAAGCAUGAAGAGGAGGCUAUUGCGCGACAAAAGGCAUGGAUCGCGGAGAGAGAAGCUGAGGCUGCUGCAAGAGCUGCAGAGAAGGCCAAGGCGGAAGCGGAGGAGAGGCGCAAGCAGGAGAUCGACGACGCUCGCAAGAAGGCCAAGGAAGAUGCUGAGAAGAAGGCGGAGGAAGCAGCGAAGAAGGCCCAGGAGGAGCAUGAGAAGAAGCUGGCGGAAGCCGCGAAGGCGAAAGAAGAGGCGGACAAGGCGGCGGAGGAAGCGGCGAAGAAAGCCCAGGAGGAGCAUGAGAAGAAGCUGGCGGAAGCCGAGAAGGCGAAAGAAGAGGCGGACAAGGCGAAGAAGGAGCUGGAGGAUGAGAUUGCGAAGAGCAAGCCCACUCCAGACUCCUUGAAGGCGCCGAUCAAGUUCAAGGAUGCUCUGGGGAGGACAUUCCGUUUCCCAUGGCAUCUGUGCAAGACGUGGAAGGGUAUGGAAACGCUCAUCAAGCAGGCCUUCAUGCACAUCGAUGGCAUCGGCGAUCAUGUUCACCAAGGACACUACGAUCUCCUCGGACCGGACGGAGAGAUCAUAUUGCCUCAGGUCUGGGAUACCAUGAUCCAGCCCGAUACGGAAAUCUCUAUGCACAUGUGGCCAAUGGACGAGCCCAAGGAGGAGAAACCAGAACCGCUUAUCGACCCCUUCAGCAACCUCGGCCUCGGCGACUUCCCCGGCGGCGGCGGCUUCGGGAUGCUUCCCCCAGAGGGCCCUCUUCCCAAGAAGAAAGGCAGCAAGAAGGAAAAGGACGGCAAGAAGAAGGCCAAGGGCGGCGGUGGAAGCCCUGAUAUGAUGUUUGCAGGAAUGAUGCCUCCCCCGCCUCCUCCACCUCCCGGGCAUCACGCCGGUGGAGCGGGCACGAAAGACGCGUGGCCGGAUCCUUUUGCUGGCAUGAACGUCUCCAUCGUGCCGGAGAAGCCAUCCAAGGCUUCUGAUAAGACCAAGGCGAGGACCAAGUCGAGGAGCGGAAAGGAGAUUUCUCCUCUCGCGGCUUGGUUUGCGGGUGGAAGCUUGAAUGCCAAACCACCCAGGAAGAGGUGA